GAGAAAAAUGCAUGAAAAACAGGAAAAAAACAAAAUUCUUUGUCAACUUAGAAGGACAACUUCACAUUGUUUAGGGGGAAAGAUGGGCAGUCUCAAUCCAGAGCUUCUAAGACGGGACCACUGAAAGGGGGUGGGUCCAGAAUGCGCUGGGGAGACCAGCAGGUGUUCAGCUGAGACCGCCAGCUGGAAACAACAGAUGGGUACUGCAGAGAGGAGGUGGUGGUGCUGGGAUAGCGCGCAGCCAAGAACUGGAACAAUUAGAACUGGGAUUAUCUGAGAACGACCCGAGACAACAGUGGAAGAACACAAUUAACAGAACUGGGAAGACUGGCAACAGAACUGCUUAGGAGUCACCCAAACAGCUGGCUGGGAACGAAAACAGACCUGAUUCUUUUUUUCUCAUCUUCCCGUGUCCAACUCAAGAGUCCCACCACUGUCCAGAACCAACUUCUUUUGCCCCUGGAUCUUCUGAUGGGCCCCAGAAGGUACUUGGAGGAAAAUCACUGAGGUGACAGGACUGGCCACAAUGCUGUCGGGCCAGUGGUGGCCAAGUACUUGGGGGAACCUAGGCCUGGGGCCCAAAAACACUUCUCAGGGACCCCAGCUCUGUGCCCUAUAUGCCUUCACUUACACUGCGGCAGAUGGCCGGCAGGUAUCUAUGGCUGAAGGGGACAGGUUCCUACUGAUUCGAAAGACCAACUCUGACUGGUGGUUGGCAAGGCGCCUGGGAGCACCAUCCACCUCACGACCCAUCUUCGUACCAGCUGCCUACAUGACAGAGGAGUCUAUCUGUUCCCAGAGCCCAACCACCACCGCCACCAGGCAAUCCCGCUGGACUCAUGGGCCGGAGUUGUUUCCUGGCUCACUGGAGGCGCUGCCCCCAUCCCAGGCAACCGCAGGCAGAGCCCAGUCUACUUCGCAGCAGCCUCCUUCUCUUCCCCCCAAAAUCUACAGAAGUGUCAGUGUUACCAAUCUGAGGCCCACUCUCCUGAAGCCCUCCCAGGGUGGGCCAAGUGGAAGAUCUCUCUCCCGGGAGGACUUGCUGACAGAGGCCAAUGCCAAUGUGGCUGGACCCCAGCUCCCCAUGUCAGAGCCCCCUGUGUACUGUAACUUAGUGGACCUUCGCCGCUGUCUCCAGUCCCCACCCCCAAGCCCUGCGUGUGCCCCGCUGCAGAGGCUGGACGCCUGGGAGCAGCACCUGGACCCCAACUCCGGACGCUGCUUCUACAGAAACUCGCUGACUGGCUGCAAGUCCUGGAAGCCUCCACGCCGCACCCGAACCCAAGAGACGAACCCUGGCUCCAUGGAGGGAACACAGACCCUGAAUAGGGACAACGGUGUCCUGCAACCUCAGGCAAAGGGCUCAGACUCAGACACGGGGUCCCCAGAACUGCUCAACCCCCAGGGUUCACCCUGCCUCCCCCGCCGCACCUCCCAGCUCAACCCCGCAGACCAGCCUGCAGCCCGGCAGCCCCUGCGGCCUCUGCCGCAGGUCCUGGACGACCCUCACGAGGUGGAAAAGUCGGGCCAGCUCAACGUGACUAAGAUUGCUCAGGGGGGACGCAAGCUCAGGAAGAACUGGUGCCCAUCGUGGGUGGUGUUAGCGGGGAACAGCCUGAUGUUCUACCGGGAGCCCCCCCGGGCGGCACCCUCCUCUGCAGUCUGGGGGCCAGCGGGCAGCCGACCCGAGAGCAGCGUGGACCUUCGCGGGGCGGCCCUGGCCCACGGCCGACACUUGUCCAGCCGCCGCAACGUCCUGCACGUGAGUGCCCCUCGAGCGCCCUCAAAGCCUCCUCCGACCGGAGGGUGCGCCCCCAGUUUCCCGCGUGAGGCUCCCUCUGGGCCUCCCCGCUCUGUACGCUCCCCCCGACCCACGCCUUUCCCCCUUUCCCCCCCGCCGGAUCGGGAGAACCCAGUGGAGCUGCGCCUGUCAGGCUCGGGACCGGCGGAGCUGGGGGAGCUGAGCGCUGGGGAGGACGAGGAAGAGGAGUCGGAGCCGGUGCCCAAGCCACUGCUUCGUUUCGGCGGCCGCCGGAGCUCCAGUCGCUGCCCGGAUGGAACUGAGCAGAACCGCGUGCGAAACAAACUGAAGCGGCUCAUCGCUAAGAGACCGCCCUUGCAAAGCCUGCAGGAGCGGGGUCUGCUCCGAGACCAGGUGUUCGGCUGCCAGUUGGAAUCCCUGUGCCAGCGGGAAGGAGACACUGUGCCCAGCUUUGUGCGGCGCUGCGUUGCUGCUGUAGAUAAGAGAGGUCUAGAUGUGGAUGGCAUUUACCGGGUGAGCGGGAACUUGGCAGUGGUCCAGAAACUUCGCUUCCUGGUGGACAGAGAGCGGGCGGUCACCUCCGAUGGGAGGUACGUGUUCCCAGAGCAACCAGGACAAGAAGGCCAGUUAGAUUUCGACAGUGCUGAGUGGGAUGACAUUCACGUGGUCACUGGAGCCCUGAAGCUUUUUCUCAGGGAGCUGCCCCAGCCUCUGGUACCCCCACUGCUGCUGCCCCAUUUUCGUGCUGCUCUUGAGCUCUCGGAAUCAGAACAGCGCCUCUCUCGAAUAAGAGAAUUAAUAGCCUCAAUGCCGAAGCCCAACCAUGACACUCUGUACCACCUCCUGGAGCAUUUAUGCAGGGUGAUAGCACACUCAGAUAAGAACCGCAUGACCCCCCACAAUCUGGGAAUUGUGUUUGGACCAACCUUGUUUCGGCCGGAGCAGGAGAUAUCUGACCCAGCAGCCCAUGCUUUCUACCCUGGGCAGCUAGUCCAGUUGAUGCUCACAGACUUCACCAGCCUCUUCUCCUGACGGGGGCACGGAAGAAGAGAAAAUGUGUUUCCGGUGGUACCCUUUGGUGUUGUGGUGUGUUCUGAGGACAUCCCUUUAAAUCCUGUGUCUCCCAGA